AUGAGUUUAAUAGUGUUGUUUGCAUUAUUCAUUUUUGGCUAUUGCGAUUAAAAGGAAGCAGGAUUACAGAAAGUGAAGGUUUAAGUAGCUACUGUAUUGGAUGGAUAUUACAAAGAAUUCGAUGGAGUUUUGUGUUAUUCAGAGAAAUAUAAUUAAUUUGUGAUCUAUCAUGAAAGAUCUAAGGCCAAAAAUUUGAAGGAAUUAUUUCCUGAGACUGAUUUCUUUUUGUAAUUUGGAAUGAAUGGAAAUGCAGUCGGAUUAAGUCUCUAGAACUUUGUUCCUUAAAUCAUAAUCAAUGAAGAUUAAUAUAAGAGUGUUGUUUUGACUGUAAAACCUGAAGUAAAGAAAGGGACUACUUUGAAAAUAGCUUUCGUAGCAGAAGAUUACGAAGGUGAAUAAGAGAGAUUUAUUGAUCUUUUGGAGAAUGGAGUAAGUACUUAUAAGCCAAUCAGUGAGACUCAGUUGAAUUUUGCAGCUAUGCAAUUUGAGCAUAAAUUUAUUUAAUAUGUGAAGAAGAUGCACGAUGAAUUGUGA